AUGUCCUAUUUCAUGACCCAUCUGCAUUCCGGCUGGCACGUCGACCAGGCCAUCCUCGUCGAAGAAGACCGUGUCGUCUGUAUCCGGUUCGGUCACGACCACGAUGAGGACUGCAUGGCCAUGGAUGAGACCCUCUAUGUUGAUAUCACUGAAGUGCCCGACUUUAACAAGAUGUACGAGCUGUAUGAUAAUUGCACCCUCAUGUUCUUCUACAGAAAUAAACACAUCAUGAUCGACUUGGGAACUGGUAACAAUAACAAGAUCAACUGGCCAAUAUCAGAAAAACAAGAGAUGGUGGACGUGAUAGAGACAGUGUACAGAGGAGCUUCCAAGGGUCGUGGUUUGGUCGUGGCUCCCAAGGACUACUCGACAAGACACAAGUACUAG